CGGUAAGUCUGAACGGAAAUACCUUGCAAAAUCUAUUUAUUUUUUUCAAUCCAUCCAUCCCAUCAUCGACCGCACACAUUCUCAUCCUCCCUCAAUGAAGGACCCCAUCCAUCAUCCCAGAAGAUUUCAAAAAAAAAAGAUUAAAUAUACAUCCAUCCAUCAACAUAUCAGUAAACUUAUCGCAUAGACAUAUACACGAACAAUAGAUGGAUAUCAGCAGAGAGAAAAAAAAAACCAAAAAAAUUGAAAGGAGGGGGAAGGGAAUACGAGAUGGAUAAAAAAAAAAAUUACGUGUUAAUUGAAUGAUGGAUGCAAUUGGAAAUUGGGAAUAUAUUUUGCAAAUUAGAAGGGAAGACUAAUCGCCAUUUUUUUUUUAUCAUUUAAAGAACCCAACAUGCUUAUUUCCAAGGAGAACAGAAAGGCCAUCUACUCGGCUCUUUUCAAGGAUGGUGCCCUUGUCGCCCCCAAGGACUACAACCUCCCCAAGCAUAGCGAAGUCGAUGUUCCUAACCUCGAAGUCAUCAAGGCCAUGCAAUCCUUGACCUCCAGAGGUUUCGUCAAGACCCAAUUCUCUUGGCAAUGGUAUUACUAUACUCUCACUGAUGAGGGUAUUGAUUACCUCCGUGAGUUCCUCCACUUGCCUCAAGAAAUCGUUCCUGCUACCAUGAAGAAGUCUGCCCGUCCCGCUGCUCCUCGUCGUGCCUUCGGUGGUGAAGGUCGUGAGAACCGUGGUCCUCGUGCCGAUCGUGGUGACUACCGUCGCAAGGAAGGUGCUGAAGGUGACUUCAAGCCUGAAUUCCGUGGUGGUUUGGGUCGUGGUAACCGCGAGUAAAUUUUUUUGUUUGUUUCUUCCUUUGUUAUAAAAAAAACUUGUUGCAACAAAAAAUUCCUAUUUUCUUUUUGAUUU